AGAGUGACAACACAACCCACACAACACAAGAAGCUCCUCAGUAUGCUAGCAAGCAACAGAGAACUGAGGUAGAAGAGCCUUUUAGACAGAGGCACAAAAAUGAGCUAAAAUAUAUAUAUUUUUCUAACUUUUUCCCCUUAUUUGUUUAGUUAACUAAUAGUUGUAUAUCUAGCAGUGGUGUGCGUCGAGGAGCUAGCCUCUCUGUAUUAGCCAACAGACUAGUUAAUGAUAUUGUUAGCCUGACAGCUAAAGUUGCAGUUGGGCAGCUGGUCUCCCUCACAUAGCAUCGAUGAGGAAACCCAACCCCGGCUUAAAUGCUGUAAACAACACUAACCAGUCUGUCUUGAGUUAGCUAGUUGGCCGCUGAAUACAGCAGAAUGACAGAGGAUGCCGUCUUGCUGAAUGUACCUGUCAUUCGGCAACUGUACCACUGGGACUGUGGGUUAGCCUGCUCCAGGAUGGUCCUGAAGUACCUCCAUCCAGUCAGUGAUGAAGAGUUUCAGAGAGCAUGCUGGGACCUGAAGCUGACUGAGAGUGUGUGGACUAUUGACCUGGCCUACCUCAUGUGCCAUCUAGGAAUCAGACACUGCUUUUGCACACAGACCCUGGGCGUUGAUAAGGGCUUUAGGAAUCAGUCCUUUUAUAAGAAACAUUUCGACACAGAAGAAGACAGAGUGAAUGAGCUCUUCCUUAAAGCAGAUAACAAAGGUGUGGUGGUGAAGAAAUGUUCUGUCACAGUUCAGGAAAUCCAGUCUCAUCUGGAGCAGGGACACGUUGCCAUAGUGCUGGUCAACGCCGUCGUCUUGACGUGUGAACUCUGCUCCUCGCCUGUCAAAUACUGCUGCUUUCUGCCUGUGGGCCAGAAGUGUUUCUGCAGGAAGCCAGAGUACCAGGGUCACUUUGUGGUGGUGUGCGGCUUCAACAGGACUACUGGCUGCGUUUUCUACAACAACCCUGCGUAUUCUGACCGGGUGUGCUGCACCAGCGUCAGUAACUUUGAGGAGGCUCGGCGGAGCUAUGGGACAGAUGAAGAUAUCCUGUUUGUCUUUAAGGAGAGUUGAUGGACAGUGAUGAUGGAUUUGAAUUUCACUCUUUCCCAGCUCACCAUUAUAGUGACAUGAUGCUGCAGGUCAACGGUGUUGGACUAGUUGCUCCUCCUGUUGUCCGCUAUCACAGAUUCCCCUGGGCCAUCCUCUCCGGUGCCAAUAAGCCCCGGCUGCUCACAUGAAAGGCGCCUAGCUGCAGAUUCACCGCUCUCAUUCCCUCUUACACAGUCAGUACUACACGACCUGUGAAGGAUUAACAGCUGAGAGGUCCAAUAAUUUAAACUGAACUCCCUUUUUGAGAUGAGCAGAUAGUUCAAAUGAAUUUUAUUGUGUCCUUUUAAUUUUAAUGACUGCGGUUGCUCAUAUAUUUGGAGCCAUCCAGACUUGAGAGACUACAGCGGAUGAAAUGUGGGAAUCACGACAUAGAAUAAAUAGGAAUUCCCAGGAAAUAGUGUGCACAUAAUUCAGGGCUGAUGAUGCAACAUUUAGUAUAUCCAAUUUAUUGGUGCUGUUCAGUGUUGAUCAGAAGCCUCACCUCCACUUGCCUUUAAAAAAAUCCUCCUAACUCACCUUUCAGUCACUUUUUUCUUAUGAUGAUUCUGUCAACAGGGAAUACAGGAAGCUGUCGUGUUUUGAGAGUCUCAGGUAAUUAAUGCCCUAAAGUGUGACAUGCGCUUCAAAUAACAAAACUAGUUCAAUGCAAUACUCCAUAGUGUCUAUGGAACUCAGUCUACCUGCAGAAGAACACAGACAGUGGAUUGAUGUGUUGAAAUCCACCAGUUUCAUUCACCUCACUGGAAAAACACAGCUCAACAUCUGUGUUUUGGUGUCAUGGCAACAUGCUGGAUAGAUUUUUAAAAAAAAGGCAUUGUUGGGUUGUUUUGAUCAUGUUGCAGAACUGAGGUGUAAUUUGGACUCAGUUUUGUUCUCUGUUGAACGCAGUGAAUACCAGGUAAUUUCCUCAUUGUCCUUCAGUUUAAUUUAGUUAAUUUUGGUAUCAUGUAAACGUUUUUGCACUAUGCUUUUCAAACCAGACAUAAUUAUGUUAUUUAAAUUAAAAAUGUUAUCAUGAAAUUGAUGUUCUGAAUCUUCAAUAAGAACAAACAGCACGUUUUAAACCGCAAACUUUAUUUUUUAUUAAACAUAGAGCUGCAUUUAUUAUAUGUUGUGAUUAAAGGAUUUGAACAUA